UGUGCUAAAACCCCACAGUGCAGCAGAGACACAAAGAGAGAAAGACAGAUAGAGAGACCACAGUGAGAUAUUACUACCAAAAACAAUCGCAUUUAAUAAGAGAAGAAAGAAGCACGAGGGGCUGGAAACAAAACAAGAGUUUGAGAAAGAGAGAGAGCGGGAUAGAGAGUGUGACAAGUAUUACAGGGAGGGGAGGGCAUGUGUUGGCUGAUGCUUCACCUUUCUCCCUUUUGAUUCGACGCAGCUUCAAGUUUCAAGACAGAGCAGCACACGUGGAGGGACCUGGGACCAACAUUUUAAGGUGCUGAUACACGAGGCCAGAUGUGCUGUCUGAGUGGAAAGGCUGUAACGCUCCAACAACCCACAGAGAGAUGAAUCACGGUGGAUGAAAUAAUGCGUGCCCGUCGGCGAGAUCGGACUAAAACUGCUUAAUCCUGAGAUACCUGUGUUCACUCUAUCUCAGCAUGCACUGGGCAAAAGAUUAAGAAGAAGCAUGAACUCCUCCUCGUCAUAACGGACAGCAUGGAUGCUCAAACACCUCCAUCAACAGACUACGAGCAGCUUUCCUGAUACAAGCUUCCUGAAUUCAGCUGCUGGUCUGAACAGUAAAAACAGCCCUUGGCUUAAGAUGAGCUUUGCCAACUGUACGGACAGUGAAUCUUUACGCACGUACCAGCACGAUAUGUAUUCAGUUGUGUACAGCGUGAUCUUAGUGCCAGGCCUGCUGGGUAAUGUGCUCGCACUCUGGGUGUUCAGGGUGUACGUGAGAGAAACGAAGAAGGCAGUGGUGUUCAUGAUGAACCUGGCUGUGGCCGACCUGCUGCAGGUGCUCUCUCUGCCUCUGCGGAUCUACUAUUACCUGUUUAACACCUGGCCCUUUGGUCAGUCCCUCUGCAUGAUCUGCUUCUACCUUAAAUACGUCAACAUGUACGCCUCCAUCUACUUCCUCGUGUGCGUCAGCAUGCGUCGCUGUGAGCUCAUCAUGCGCCCGCUGAGGUGCAACUCAUCCAGGCGGAAAAGAGACAUGUAUAUCUGUGCCUUUGGCUGGCUGUUAGUCUUCCUGGGCUGUUUGCCCUUCCCUCUGCUGAGGAACCCCAACAGUGACUCAAACUCUAAUUCCAGUAACGGGGACACCCAAAAGGAUUACUGUUUCUCAGAGCUGCCCAUGAAGCCUGUCGGUAUUUCAGGAGCCUGGGCUCUCCUGAUCUUAGCUGAGCUGUUUGGCUUCAUCAUCCCCUUCAUCCUGGUGUUAUCCUGCACAUGUCUGACCGCUGGCAGCCUUCGGCAACGGACAGAGGGGGCGAUUCCUGACCGAGGGGAGAAGCGCAGGGCGUUAAGGAUGGUGCUGAGCUGUGCUGUGGUCUUCCUCUUGUGCUUUGCACCUUACCAUAUCACUAUGCCACUGGACUUCCUGGUUAAAGCCAACGCCGUGAAAAGCUGCACCCUAAGGAAACUGAUUCUGCGAUCUCACCCAGUCACGCUCUGCCUUGCCAGCCUAAACUGCAGCCUAGAUCCAGUCAUGUACUAUUUCACAACUGAUGAAUUUCGGAGGCGAUUCAGCAAGCCGGAGAUACCAGAGGGCAUGGCUUUCAGCAGGCGUCUGUCCUGUAUAAGUGGAGGAGAGGACUUAGAGAACUAAACUCCGUGGAAUAACAACUAAACCUUGAGACGAAGUGUAAAAAGUGUAUGCAUUCCUGAAAACUGAGGAAAUACAAUUAACAUGCAAGAAGUGUGUGAAAACCUAGGAGCAAGUUUUUCUAUUUAUAUUUCAAUAAAAGGUGCGCCUGUUCUUUCUAAAUUUGUACGACUCCGGUGAAGAGUGAGCUGUUCCUGUUAUGAAGGAUGACUUUGCCAUCUGUGCCAACAUCUCCAAUAUUCAUCAGGGAAUAGAGAAUACAGGAAAAACUCGUGAACCAGCAUCCUGAUCCAAUUUCAUAAGUGAGCAGCUUGCAGAGGAGGAUGAUGACGGGGGUUAGUGUCGGCUUUACAAAGCGUUCAGUGGUGCUUUAAUAAUAACGAGCAAACAAGCCAAAAAUAUUCAGUAGGUAAAGAAAUGCAACUUUAUUUAGCAACAAAGUGAAGUUCAUUUCAGUAGCUGCACACGACAUUGGUUUUUAUCUAAUCUUCUAGUAUUGUUAAAAAGCCGAGACAGAAGAAACACAGUUUUACAAGCACACUUCCUGUCUGAUUGUCUUUCUGUGCAGCCAUCGAGUGGAAAACCACUUAAAAAUGACUCAAAGUUUGUUUUUUUGCCUUCAGUCUUUUCUCUGAGUGUUUAAUGCAGAUUCACUGCAAAACAUGUAGCCACUUAUAGUGAGCUAUUCAUUAUAGCUAUCAUCUCAGGUCACGGGACUACAAAUUCACAAAUAAGGAUUGAAAAUCUCACAGAAAGUGUUUUUAAAUUUUUUUGAAAUUUCUCUUUCUAGCUUAUUCACUCCUUUCACCUUCCGGGUUUAUCGUCACACACAAAAAGAAGUCUCUACACAAACACAAACACUGCUCACAUAGGGUGCUGGACUGUUCACCAUCAGGUAUGACACCAUCGAUUACAUAAAGGUCAUCGCACGGCGGGACAGCAGAGGGCUCUGGGAGCAGCAGGGCACUCUGGGAAAUAUCUACAAAAGUGGCGACUGAGAGCUCUCGUCUCGAGCAUCUCUGGUCCAUAUCCUUAAAAAGACGCUGACGACCGUGUUACAUGUGUACUGUAACUGUAACACAUCUGCAGGGGGACUUGUGCUAUAU